AUGAAGUCUUAUCAAUUACUAUUAUUGUCUAAUCAUAUUUUACGAAUAUUUUUUCUAUUCUCUGCACUAAUUAUAACAAUUAAUACAAAACAAACGGAAGAUAUUCAUCAUUCAUCUGUUGUUGAUUUUAAAAUUCAUAUUGAUAAGUUCAAAAAUCAAAAUUCAAAGAAUCAUGAUACUGGCAAUUAUCAUCAAUUAGUGAGUACAAUAGCAAAAAGUGGACUAUCAAAAAAAUUUGAAGAUUUAGUCACUGAUGAAGGCUUCAUUUUAACUGCACUUAAACAACAACAACGACAACGACAACAACGACAACGACAACAACAACAACAACAACAACAACAACAACAACGGCAACAACGACAACAACAAAACGAAAAUGAAAAAGGAGUAAAUAAUGAAGGAAACUCUGCUGUUGCUACUAUUACUGCUACUACUAUUAUUAUUGAAAGUGCAAAUAGCACUAUCACUGAUAAACAGAAUUUAUCAAUUGUUGGGACAAAUUUUAUAGAUUUCUCAUUAAUUGAUCCAACAAACAAUCCUGUAAAUAAGGAAAUUUCAUUAGCUAUUCAUUCAAUAUCAAAUAAUUCUAAUCUUUUCCAAUCAUUAAUUAAUCAAUCAACUCGUAAUGAUAACAAUGGUGAUAGUAGUAGUAGUAGUAGUAGUAGUAGUAGUAGUAGUAGAAGUAAUAGUAAAGAUAGUAGCAGCAAUAUUAAAUGGAAAUUUUUGAAUCAACGAAUGAUUAAUUUAAAUGAUGGCGACAGUAAUCAUCGAAGAAAACGUUGGGCAACAGAUGAUACAAGUGAUAAGGAUGAAAUGAAUAAGAUAUUUGAUACAUUAUCAUCAACAAAUUAUGAUUCACCAACAAGUGCUUCCGAUGAAAUGUUAACAUCAUCAGAUUAUCAUAUUCAUGAUAUUGGUGAUGAUGAUGAUGUUGAUAAAAGUGAUAACACUGAUGAUAGUCGAUUUCGAAUACCAGUGGAAAAUAUUGUUAUUAUGGGUAGUGAUGCAGAUGCAGAUGUAGAUGAUAGUAGUAGUAAUAAUAAUGAAAUGUUCAAAGGUACAACAUUUGAUGAGAUCGAAACAACGGAUAGUUAUGAGCAGAUGAAUUCCGUUGAAGAAACUGAAAAAGAUGAUGAAAAUAUGGAAAUGGGAAUUGUUCGAAUUGCACCGGAAAUAUUACCAAAAGAUAGUAUUGAAAAUUUAAUGGAACCAACGAUGCAUCAAUUUGGAUUGGAAGCAAAAACAGAUGAAAUGAUGCAAAUAAUUGACAAAGAAAUGGGAAAAAAAUUGGAAAAUUUAAAUGAAAUAAUGGAUGAAAAAUUACUAAAAAGUGAUAUAAUUGGAAGAAAAAAUCAUAUGGGAAAAGAAGAUGAAAUAGAUUGGGGAACAAUUCAAGAAAUGAGAAUUUCGGAUGAUCCUAAUGAUGCUGCAAUUGCAUGCGAUGAUGAAACUGAAGGUAGUGGUGUGCAAGAUGAAGAACUUCAAGAAUAUGAAAAGACGGGCAAGACAACAAUUGCAGUACCAGAGCAAUCUUCCAUGCAUACAUCAUCAGAUUAUCCACGUGUUAAACCAGAAAAGGGUGAAAAAGGUGAUAAAGGUGAUCGAGGUGAACCGGGACCACCAGGGGAACCUGGAACGUGUCCUAUCGAGUGUCAGCCAGGACGUGAUGGACGUGACGGCAUACCUGGAAUGCCAGGAGAAAUGGGACCAAUGGGACCAAUGGGACCACCUGGCCCAGCAGGACCACCUGGGCUAUCAACGCAGAUAGUACAAGAGGGACCACAAGGAGUUCAAACAGUAGCUGGUCCCACAGGACCACAAGGACCACCAGGACCAAUGGGACCAAGAGGACCACCAGGACCACGGGGUGUCGGAGAACCAGGAUUUCCAGGAGCUCCAGGAGUUCCAGGUCGUUGUGAAAGAUUACAUCCUGAAGAUAUCGAACGUAUCAUUAGCGAUCCUCGAAUUAAGGGUGAAAAAGGCGACUGUCUCCCAGGAAUACCAAUUCGCCAUCCAGGUGAAAGUAAAGAAUUACCUCCAUAUGAUUCUUACCAACGUCAUUAUGCCAUGAAAGGCGAAAGAGGUGAACGUGGUGAGAUAGGACGAAUGGGUCCAAUGGGUCCAAUUGGACACCCUGGACCACCUGGACCUCCUGGACCACCUGGACCUCCUGGACCUCCUGGAUCACCUGGACAUCCUGGACCGGCUGGACCACCAUUAGCUGCUUAUCCACAACCAACGCACAUUGCACCUGGAGGAGUUCAAGUAUAUCCAACUACAAUUGAAUUAUUUACUGCAUCACAUGGUAUGCCAAUAGGUUCGCUUACUUUUUGUAUAUCAAGUCAACAAUUAUAUAUACGUGUUAAUGGUGGCUUCAAAGAUAUUAAACUCGAAGGUUUUCAUCCAAUUAUGGAACGUCGUCCAACAGUUGAUGAAUCAUCAAAAUCUGAGGUACAAUAUCAAAUUCCUUUAAUGUCCAAUGAUGACUCAUUGAUACCAUCACAAGUAUCAUUAUCACAUCAUAGAAUAUCACCAAAAUUAAAUAUUCCCCAAAAAAAUCAACAAUUAAUUCCUGAUACAUAUGAUAAACAAUCAAGAACUGCUGAUAUCAUUCAUCGACCACAGAUAUUCGAUGCAUCACAAUCUAUCAAAUCUUAUCAGCAACAUCAUAAAUCAUUAUUAUCAUCAGAAAUCACUCCAUCAACAUUUUCCAAUCAACAAUCAUGGCAAACAUUUGAAUCAAAACAUCACUUAUCAUAUCCACGUACAGAAUAUCGACCACCAGCAGGUCAACUUUAUCCAAGGUAUCGUUUACCAUCCGGUUCAUCCGGAUCAUCAGGAUUAUCAGGAUUAUCACGAUUAUCAUCAAAUGAACGAUUACAUAAAUCUCAUCAUUUAUCGCAAAGAUUAGAUCACACUCCUUCAACACUACAAUCUUUUCCAUCAUCUCAACAUAUAUCAGUGCAACAUCAACGAAUAGAGCAUCAAAAUCCGUCAGUUAAACCGGAUUACCAUUCCGAACAUAUUGCAACAACAUUUAGUCCGGAAUGGUCUAAACAGCAAGCGACAAUUUCAUUAGCGGAUGAGCAAGAAGCUCAUCGCUCACGUUAUCCGGAUCAUGAACGAUUGCGUUAUCGUGAACGACCAGGACCGGAUCGAACGCAUUCCGCUCUGCUGCCGCAUAGUCUUCAAGCUAAAGAUCUUGUCCUUCAUCUCAUAGCAUUAAAUACACCAAUGAGUGGUAAUAUGCGUGGCGUACGUGGAGCUGACUUAGCAUGCUAUCAGCAAGCUCGACAAGCUAAUUUCCGUACUACUUUUCGAGCAUUCCUGUCAUCACAUGUUCAGGAUUUAAACAAAGUGGUACAUAGCGGUGAUCGCGAUACCCCGGUAGUAAAUCUUCGCGGUGAACGGUUGUUUGAUUCUUGGAGUGAUAUUUUCCAGCAAAGACAAAUGGCUGACUUACCCAUUUAUUCAUUCAAUCGUCGAAAUGUUUUUGCUGAUUCUAUAUGGCCUGAAAAACGUAUAUGGCAUGGUUCCGAUUUAUCCGGUAUGCGUAGUGAAUCCGGUUACUGUAGUGCAUGGAGAUCAGCGUCAACAACACAAGUAGGACGAGCAUCAUUCAUUGGACGUGGUUUACCGUUAUUACGUGAUAGUCGAGAUUCUGAAUGUUCACGUGAAUUAGUCGUACUUUGCAUUGAGAAUAUGAGUAAAUACAAUGCCGACAAACGUUUGGGUAAGAAGAGAGCAUAUUUUAGUGAAUAA